CAAUUAUUAAAUCAAUUGACAUAACUGUCGUUCGGCACGAGGAAUUUCUAAUAAAUAUUGAUCAUUAAGAAAAUUUUACAAAUUGUCAAUUGAAAUAUGAAUAGCCUUACUAAAGCAGCGUUCAGAUUUGUGGGAAGUGCUUCUUUGAAGAAUGCAUUCGGUGGCAAACGAGAUUUUACUCGCACUCUAUGGCACAUGUCGAAGAAUUUGGAUUGUGGCAGUGCGGCAACCAGUGGGGUACUGCAGCCGCAUAAACCUAGCUUGUAUUGCAGCUGCGGUUGCGGAAUGAAACAUCAUAUGCACACAAAAGGCGAGCGGGAGUUGGUGGAAUUUUUAACCGAGGAAAUCUUAGCAGAGCGUAAGGCCCAAAAAGUUAAAACUGUGCCAACAACUCUCGACGGGUUUUCCGUAAAGUUGGAUGGCGCUGAAGUUGAAUUGGCAAAACAAGGCGAAAAGGAAAAAAUUGUCAUCAAUUUCAAUGUUAACCACACUGUUGAUACCGAAGAUGAGCCGGAAAUUAACCCCACCGCAGAUAAACCAGACAUGGGAGAAAUGCGAAGCAAACCACAAUUUGAAGUAGAUAUUGUAAGAGGCAAUACCACACUUUCAUUCACGUGCUCCUUUUUGGAAGGCUCAGCGCAAGAAGGAGAAUAUAAUGACGUUUUCGGUAUUGAUGAAAUGACCAUCUACCAAGGCGAAUGGAAUGAAAAGGUCUAUGCUGUUGCCGGCGACGUGUUAGAUGGCUAUCUAUAUGACUUGUUGAUGAAUCUUUUGGAAGAGAAGGGUAUUAGCAACGAAUUCGUUGAAAAGAUGUCGGACUUGGCAACCGCCUAUGAACACUCUUCCUACAUUGGUCUGCUUGAAAGCCUAUCGAAGUUUACGACUGGAAAGUAAACAUAUGUCUUAUUUUCGCAUCCCAUGCUACAAUACUACUGGUAUGGAACGUAUAAAUACAAAGAAACAUUUUCGUUA